AUGAAAAUUGACAUCCAUAGUCAUAUUCUACCAAAAGAAUGGCCAGAUCUAAAAAAGAGAUUCGGCUACGGAGGCUGGGUGCAGCUCCAACACCACAGCAAGGGAGAAGCCAAAAUGAUGAAAGAUGGGAAAGUCUUCCGAGUGGUCCAAGAGAACUGCUGGGAUCCAGAAGUCCGUAUUAGAGAGAUGGAUCAAAAAGGAGUAACGGUGCAAGCUCUUUCCACAGUUCCCAUCAUGUUUAGCUACUGGGCCAAACCUCAGGACACUUUAGAUUUGUGCCAGUUUUUAAAUGAUGACCUGGCUGCCACUGUCGCAAGAUACCCCAGGAGGUUUGUGGGUCUGGGGACACUGCCCAUGCAGGCCCCUGAACUGGCUGUCAAGGAGAUGGAGCGCUGUGUAAAGGAGCUAGGCUUCCCAGGGAUCCAGAUUGGCUCCCACAUCAACGAGUGGGACCUGAAUGAGCGUGAGCUCUUUCCCAUCUACACGGCAGCUGAAAAGCUGAACUGCUCCCUGUUUGUGCAUCCCUGGGAUAUGCAGAUGGAUGGACGCAUGGCCAAAUACUGGCUCCCUUGGCUUGUAGGGAUGCCGGCAGAGACCACCAUGGCUGUUUGCUCCAUGAUCAUGGGUGGAGUGUUUGAGAAGUUUCCUAAACUGAAAGUGUGUUUUGCCCAUGGAGGUGGUGCCUUCCCCUUCACAGUGGGGAGAAUCUCCCAUGGUUUCAGCAUGCGUCCAGAUCUGUGCGCCCAGGACAAUCCCACUAACCCAAAGAAAUACCUCGGUUCUUUCUACACGGACUCCUUGGUUCAUGAUCCUCGAUCCCUCAAGCUAUUAACAGAUGUUGUGGGCAAGGAUAAAGUCAUUUUGGGAACAGAUUACCCCUUUCCACUAGGUGAGCUGGAACCUGGGAAGCUGAUCGAGUCUAUGGAAGAAUUUGAUGAAGAAACAAAGAGUGGAUACUCUGUGUCCGGGCAGUGGGUGGAAAAAGACUGGGGCGUCCUCAGUUCCCAUCAAGUCACCAAAAGGAGGGAGUUUUGCCGCCAUGUGAAACCCAUCCUCUGUGGACUUCUGCUCUGA